AUGCAAAAAGCAAUCCCAAAAUACCACCCCGUCGCAACAUCUACGGCAGCUGAGACGGUUAAAAGACAUGAAAAGCCAGCUAAUACCGUACUUUGGGCAGGAUGGUUUUGUCCAUUCACACAACGUUCUUGGGUUGUACUUGAAGAGCUUGGUAUCACUUAUCAGUAUAAGGAAGUCAAUCCAUACCUGAAAGAGGCUUCGUUUCUAGAAAUCUCACCAAAGGGAUUAACACCGGGACUUCAGAUAAUUGGCAAGCCGCUUCACGACUCUACUAUCAUCAAUGAGUUCUUGAAUGAAGAAUACGGGUCCAGUAUAUUGAUGCCGGAGGAGCCCUACCAAAGAGCUAUUGCUAGGUUGUGGAUUGAUUACAUUAAUAGAGAUGUUGUUCCGGCAUUCUUCCGACUAUUACAAGCGCAGCCAAGCGAGCCUGAGAAGCAGGCGUCUGCUCUGACGGACUUCAAAAAAAUACUCACGACGAUCUCCAAAGAAUUUAAAGGACCGUAUUUCUUUGGAGAGCAGUUCAGUCUCGUAGACGCAGCUAUCGUUCCCUGGGCUGUGAGGGACUUUAUCAUUCGAGAGUUCCGAGGAUUCGUUCGUGACGACGUUGAAGGAUGGAGUGCUUGGGCGUCUGCGUUGGAGGCACGAGAAAGUGUUGUGCGAACUACGAGUAGUAAGAGCGAAAUAAUUGAAUUCAACGGCACGUUUCUCCGAAACGAACUGCAUAGUCUGGCGGGUCGAGCGGCAGCGGAGGGACAGGCAAUACCUUAG